GCAACUGGAGUGUCAGAAGACUGCAGCUUUUCUGAUCGAUCGUGCUAAUAAAGGUGCGUUCGUUAAGUUUCCGACUGUCCCUGAAAGCAUCAUUGAUCCUGCGGAGUUUCGGGGAAGCGCAUCUGAGGCGCGUUCACAUCUCCACACAUACACACGCAGUCAGGUUACAGCAACACACCAGAAGCAUCCCUGAGCGGAGGGAGCGCUCGUUUUCGUUUGAAAAUCUGCAAGAAACACAGUAUUAUAUUUUGUCACGUUUCAUAACAGACUGUGUGUCACGCAGCAGAAUGAUUCCGGGCCCUGCCGAGCCUUGUGGACACUGAGGCCCGCACAGAGAUCCACCUUGCACUGGCCAAAGGACCAUCCAGCAGCAGCCAUCCCAAGACAGAAUGUCAAGCAGCCCUGAAGGAAGUCUCUCCAGGGGCGGCAGCUCCGACCGGGACGCGAAGAUUGCUUCUUCGUGCAACACGUCUCCCGAGGGUGGACCUCCACCACCGCUGCAGCAGAACCGUAUACGGCAGUCCGACAGUAGCACCAGUUUCCUGAGGGCUGCCAGAGCGGGGAACAUUGACAAAGUCCUGGACUUCCUGAAAAACGGAGUAGACAUUAGCACCUGUAACCAGAAUGGUCUCAACGCACUACAUCUGGCAGCAAAGGAAGGACACAAGGGCUUAGUUGAGGAACUGUUGGAGAGAGGAGCACCUGUUGACUCUCCCACCAAGAAAGGAAACACUGCCCUCCAUAUUGCCGCAUUGGCCGGACAAGAAGAAGUAGUCAGACUACUGGUGAAGAGAGGAGGAGAUGUCAACACUCAGUCACAGAAUGGCUUCACUCCACUCUACAUGGCAGCCCAAGAGAAUCACUUGGAUGUGGUGCGAUACAUGUUGGAAAAUGAAGGGAACCAAAGCAUUGCAACUGAGGAUGGUUUCACUCCUCUGGCCAUCGCGCUCCAGCAGGGCCACGACUCUGUGGUCUCCCUGCUGUUGGAGCAUGACACCAAGGGCAAGGUCCGCCUCCCUGCCCUGCAUAUAGCAGCCCGCAAAGACGACACCAAGUCUGCCGCACUGCUGCUGCAGAACGACCACAACGCUGACGUCCAGUCCAAGAUGAUGGUCAAUAGAACCACAGAGAAUGGGAAGCAGAGCGGGUUUACCCCUCUGCACAUCGCGGCUCACUAUGGUAACGUGAAUGUCUCCACCCUGUUGCUGAACAGAGGAGCUGCUGUGGACUUCACAGCCAGGAAUGGAAUAACACCUCUCCAUGUGGCCUCCAAGAGGGGCAACACCAACAUGGUGGCCCUGCUGUUGGACCGUGGGAGUCAGAUAGAUGCCAAAACCAGGGAUGGGCUGACCCCUCUGCACUGUGCAGCCAGGAGUGGACAUGACCCAGCAGUGGAAAUUCUGCUGGAGAGAGGAGCUCCCAUCUUAGCCAGAACCAAGAACGGACUGUCCCCACUACACAUGUCAGCCCAGGGAGACCACGUAGAGUGUGUCAAAUUCCUGUUGCAGCACAAGGCGCCUGUUGAUGAUGUCACACUCGACUACCUUACAGCGCUGCAUGUUGCAGCUCACUGCGGCCACUACAGAGUCACCAAACUUCUGCUGGACAAGAAAGCAAAUCCCAAUAUUCGAGCACUGAAUGGUUUCACUCCUCUCCACAUUGCCUGUAAGAAGAACAGAGUGAAGGUGAUGGAACUGUUGGUCAAAUAUGGAGCCUCCAUUCAGGCCAUUACUGAGUCUGGUCUGACUCCCAUCCAUGUAGCUGCUUUCAUGGGCCACCUCAACAUUGUUUUACUACUGCUUCAGAAUGGCGCAUCUCCUGACGUCCGUAACAUUCGUGGCGAGACAGCUCUCCACAUGGCAGCACGAGCAGGUCAGAUGGAAGUGGUUCGCUGUCUGCUGAGGAAUGGAGCGUUGGUGGAUGCCAUAGCCAGGGAGAACCAGACUCCCCUCCACAUAUCGUCCCGUUUGGGGAAAACUGACAUUGUCCAGCUUCUGCUGCAGCACAUGGCUCAUCCUGAUGCUGCCACCACCAACGGCUACACUCCCCUCCAUAUUUCAGCCAGAGAGGGUCAAGAGGAGACGGCUGCCGUGCUUCUGGAGGCCGGAGCCUCACACUCACUGGGCACAAAGAAAGGAUUCACUCCGUUACAUGUAGCAGCUAAGUAUGGGAGCCUCGAUGUAGCAAAACUUCUCCUUCAACGCAAAGCUCUCCCUGAUGACGCUGGCAAGAAUGGCCUGACUCCUCUACAUGUGUCAGCUCAUUAUGACAACCAAGAAGUAGCUCUGCUGCUGCUGGAGAAAGGAGCAUCGCCUCACACAACUGCAAAGAAUGGCUACACUCCUCUCCAUAUCGCAGCCAAAAAGAACCAGACAAAAAUUGCUUUAGCACUGCUGCAGUAUGAAGCAGAGACCAACGUUCUGACCAAGCAGGGAGUCAGCCCGCUACACCUGGCAGCCCAGGAAGGACAUGCUGAGAUGGCCAGCCUGCUGCUGGGCAAAGGAGCUCACGUCAACACAGGCAACAAGACCGGACUGACGUCUCUGCAUCUCGCUGCCCAAGAAGACCGAGUCAGUGCAGCAGAAGUACUCGCCAAACACGAUGCCAACUUGGAUCAACAAACUAAGUGCCGAGAGAUAGGGAGUCAGAGGGCGGGUGCAAUGAUGGUUGUAAAGGAAAAGAGCCAGUCCCCGGGGGAGCAGGAGCAGCAUCCCCGGGAGGAAGGAGCCGUGGACAGGGGAGAGGCCAGACGGCCGCGCCGUCCGAAGCCGCGUCGAGGUGAAACCGUGAGCCGCCGUAAGAGGAUGAGGCCAGGCAGGGUCCCGGAGCGCGCCACCACGGCGCCGAUGAAGGCAUGGGCGACGUCCAAACCCGCCGAGGCGAAGGAAGAGGCCAGGACAGGUCCCGGAGGCCGCCACCCACGGGCCGAUGAAGGCAUGGGGCGACAAUCCUUAUACUAA